AUGCUUCGCCAGCUUUGCUGCGCGCUGCUCCUGUUGCUGUGCACCGGUGGCGGCCUCGUCAUUGCGGUGCCGCACCAUUGCGUGUUUGAUCGCCUGCCACGGAACGUUGGCGAGGUGACGGGCGGGGAGGAGCCGGCCAGUCCUGUCACUGUGUCCGUGGGCAGUGACUGGGCGCCCCUCCGAAUCAAGGUGUUUGCGGAUGACCUGGAGGGGUUGGGGGGAUUCUGCACCAGGGCCGGGGAGCAUAUAAACAUGUUUUUUGGCAAGGAGAUGGUCUGCCAGGAGGAGGACAUUCUGACGGAGGAGAAGGUGGACAUUCUCGAGAACGUGAUUCUUUCCGAGGCGGCGAAGAUGCACGGCGAGCGUCUGCUGGUGCGGCCGCUGGAUGGCCCGCUGGUCGUGCCGAGGUUCCGUGAGGGCAGUGUUUGCGGGAAGUUUCCUGUGCCGGAGGAGCACCACACGGAUGGGGUGCCCGAUGCGGACAUGGUGCUGUACGCGACUGCUGUUCCGACGUUCAAGCCGACCUUUGCGUGGGCGAUGCCGUGCGCGACGUUGGGCCCGCGAGGGCGUCCUGUUGUUGGCGUCAUCAACUACAACCCGCGCCACAUCGAGAACACGUCGCAGCACAUCCGCGUGGCUGUGCACGAGAUGGCGCACGCCCUCGGUUUCAUUGUGACGGACAUGGAGGGGCAGGCGCUGGUGAAGCGGGAGGUGGGUGUGCGUGGGAGGAGCAGUGUCCACGUUGUGAAUUCCCGGAAUACGCUGGAGCAGGCAAGGCACCACUACGGCUGCGAGUCAGCGCCGGGCAUGGAGCUGGAGUUUGCGCCGCCAACGCGGAAUCCGGCGGCGCCAGGAGGAAGAGGAAGGGGUGCUGGGCCAGGAGAAUGGAGAGAAAGAGGAGGAGGAAGGAUUUUGCCAGAUCUGCCAGGAGGAAGAGCAGGAAGAAUUUUUCCAGGAGAAAGGAGAGAAAGAGGAGGAGAAAGAAUUUUGCCAGAUCUGCCAGGAGGAAGAGGAGGAGGAAGAGGAGCUGCUGAGCUACCAGCGGAGCCAGUGAGGAGAAGAGAGAGAGAACGUAUGCUCAGGCUGCGUGCGGCCCAACAUAUUUCCGCAUCAACGCAGGCGGCGGCGGACGGAACCCUCUCAACGGGCACCACGCUCACGGUGGUGGAGAAGCAGUGGAGGCCGCCUUCGUGGCUUGGCCUGAUGUCUCACUGGGGGCGGCGGAACGCGAAGGAUGAGCUGAUGGCGGGCUUCGUUGUUUCCGGCUACUACACCGCGAUCACGAUGGCACUGUUCACCGACCUCGGCUACUACAAGGCAAACUUCGAGAUGGCGGAGCCGAUGAGCUGGGGCAGCGGAGCCGGCUGCGCGCUGCUGACCGACAAGUGCGUGACGGACGGUGCCACGCUGUACCCUGAUAUGUUCUGCACCGACUCGAGCGACGCCACUCUGCGGUGCACGUCUGAUCGCCAGUCGCUGGGGACCUGCGCAAUUUACCAGGACGAUAACAUCCCACCGGAGUUCCAGUACUUCGCCACCAAGCAGGGCUCCAGGCGAGGGGCCAUGAUGGAGUACUGCCCCUUCAUUGCGCCAAUGAAUGGCACAGGGUGCAUGGAUGGCGACGAGGCCAUCAUGCCUGGGAGCGUUGUUGGCCCGUCCUCGCGCUGCUUGACUGGGGAGAACCUUCGGAUGGGCAGUACGGUUGUUGGUGACGUGUGCGUGCAGUUGAGGUGUGGUGAGGGCACGCUAAGUGUGCGGUACAGGGGCAGCGAGGAGUGGCAUCCCUGUGCACCGGGACAGACGCUGACGCCCCCGGCGCCAUUCACGGCGGGCAGCAUAAGAUGCCCCUUGUUCAGCGACGUCUGCCUCACCAUGUUGAAGCACAGUGAUGCGAGCAGCGCUUUGGCGGUCACUUCUGCGCCGCUUCUUCUCCUCAUUGUGAUCGGCACGGUGAUUGUCGCACCCUGA